UUUGGCGAAGGGGGAAGAGAAUCCUCAUUUGAGCGUUGUCUUUCAACAACAUCCUUCUCAGUGGCUUAUAAUCAGUUCCUGUACCACGUUAGUUUAUCUUUCUGAGCAUCUUAACAGCGAGGUGGUAAACCUCUUGAAAAUGCUUCAGUCUCUCGCCAGCAAUUCCUGCGUGCGUUUGAUUCAGAGUCACAAAUCGACGUGGUAUUUCGUCUCGCUGGUUUUGGGGUACCUUCUGUACCUCGUAUUCGGCGCCGUCGUCUUCUCCUCGGUCGAGCUGCCCUACGAAGACCUCCUGCGACAGGACCUGAGGGCCGUCAAAAAGCAGUUCCUCCAGGACCACGAAUGUCUCUCCGAGGAGCGUCUGGAGCGUUUUCUGAAGAAAGCGCUGGAGGCCAGUAAUUAUGGGGUUUCCAUUCUCAAUAACGCCUCGGCUAACUGGAACUGGGACUUCACCUCGGCGCUGUUCUUCGCCAGCACGGUGCUGUCCACCACAGGAUAUGGUCACACAGCACCACUGUCAGAUGGAGGAAAGGCCUUCUGCAUUAUAUACUCAGUGAUUGGCAUCCCCUUCACCCUCCUUUUCCUGACUGCUGUGGUGCAACGGAUCAUGGUGUUCAGCACACGGAGGCCCAUCAUGUACAUCCACACACGUUGGGGCUUUUCCAAGCCACUAGUCGCCAUCGUUCACGCCACCCUGCUCGCCUUGUUGGCCGUCUCUUGCUUCUUCCUCAUCCCUGCCGCCAUCUUCUCCGCACUGGAGGAGAACUGGAACUUCCUGGAGUCCUUCUACUUCUGCUUCAUUUCCCUCAGCACCAUCGGCCUGGGCGACUAUGUGCCUGGGGAGGCCGCGAACCAAAAGUUCAGGGAGUUCUACAAAGUGGGCAUCACUGUCUACCUGAUCCUGGGUCUGAUAGUCAUGCUGGUGGUGCUGGAGACCUUCUGCGAGCUGCAGCAACUGAAACAACUGAGGAAAAUGUUCUACCUUAAGAAAGAGAAGCCGCAGGACCGCCUCGCCAUUUUGGAGCACGACCACCUGUCCUUCACCACUGUGUCCAACACAGCCACUCCCCACAGCGAGGACAAAACCCAGCCGUUUGUCAGUGUCCCAACUCUGGUCUCUCCCAACGACGAUCCUAUGAUCCAGUAAACGUCGGAGUGAACACCUAAGAAAGGGAUGAAAAUAUGAAAGCAGGGGGGUAAAUGCACGCAAGACUAGAGGUAGUAGAUAGAACGAGUAGAUCACCAUCUCAGCUAUAGGCGUUCUGCAACACUCAGCCCUGCAAAUUUAGUAGUUAAACUGGCUGAGAAUACUCUGAUCAAGCAAACAGUCUUCUCUACAAAACCACAAAACUGACAAUAUAGUGUUACGCAGCCGAGAUUAAAUUUAGGUACAUUAAUAGAAGAGAAAAUUAAUAUUUUAACAGUGGCUAUGAAUACAAAGUCAAGGAUAAAAGAAGAGGCUUCUGCUGUAUUUAUGACUCACAGAAACUAAGCACCUUUAAGAGCUGCAUUAUUUAUUGCAUAUUUAGGAAUACUUUACAAAGUAAUUGGUCUCUUAAAUCUAGCAGGAAUAAAGACAGGUCCCUGUUGUCUGUCGCAAAAUAGUACAUAAAUAUGUAUGUAUCUUAUAAAUAGAGAAGCUUGACAGGUAUGUGGAGUGUACAUAUUCAGGUAAAUGUUUUAAUCGUACAGUACAGUGGCGCCUUGAAUUAACACACCUGGUAAAGAUGAGCCAAAGUGUAGCCAAAACACACAAACAUCUACAAGUAAAUAACUGUCAUUUCAAUUAACUUUGAGUUGUUUACUCGUAAGGUAUCUUCACGUUCUUUUUUGUUUUUAAGUUUUGUUUUUUUUAAGGCUUUGCGCUUGGUGCAAUCUAAUCACUUUGUUGCUGUGUAAGCUCUGCAGCGCUUUAUUGCAUUCGUAGCAGUUGAAUUGGCUCCUAUUGAUUUUUUUAAAAAAGUUUCAGGGCCCCGUUUCUGCAUAAUGUGGGUCACAAUUGACUGAAAGGGAGGAUACAGUUUGAAAGGAGGGACGAUGGAUCUUGUUUAUGUGCAAUAAACCAGGCUGAGAUCCAUCAUAAAAGUAUGCUAUUUUUUAAAAAUUAAAGCAGGCUUUUGCUCCAGGCGCUCCCAAGAAGAAACAAUACACUCUUAUGUGUAAGGACAGAGUUAUGUUUUGUAGCAUCUUUGGGUCAUCUUUAUAGAGGUGUUGAGUAUUCCGGUCGCACUCCACAUUGUCACAUUUCAUCGUGAGGGAAAAUAUUUUCUCAUGUUGCAGUGCUGUUUCAGAGUUGUCCAUGUGUGAAGCACUAUAAUUUAUUGAUUCGUCUGAAUGGCUUAAUGUGUGCUGGACUGUGUGAAAAGGGAAGCGAGGUUAGCCCAGCUUAUGAAGGGAACUACAGAGGGCUGGCUCGUUGCAUUUUACCAUCAAUGAAGAGAGCUCUGUGUGGAGCCAGGCAGUGGUGCAGAAAAAACUAACUGUCGGAGUUUCUCUGAAAGAAAAGGCUUCAGAUUUCAUCCAUGAAAACAGCAGAUAUUUUUUUAUUCAAACGGCACUUGUUGCGGAUGAUCUGUAAAAGCUUGAGGAUUGCUCUAAGCAAGGAAAGAGUUUGGUUCAACUGUUUUACUGUAUUUGCAAAAUUUGAAUGUAGAAAUGUAUAUUUUUGAAUAUGACACGAGGGAAGUUUACAGCAUUUUGUUAAUUAAAUAGUGAAAGCAAUUCUGUACUGGAAACGGUACAUUAGGAAAACUUGAAAUUCUGAAUUCAGGCAGCAGGAGUGCAGCUAGAACAUCCCAGGUCUAAUUAUCUACCGCAUCAGUUUUAGAUCUGCUCACCAAACAAGAACCACGUUCAAUAUUUAAAAACGGUGGAUAUACACACUUUGCAAGUUUUUAUGAGAUGUCGCUGCUGUGUGUAGUUAAAAAUAUAUUUCUAGCUUGAGGAAAAAGGUUUUGGAAUAAUUUCAAGUCAGUAUCCGUCCUCUAAUAUUCUGUUUUGUGCAAAGACACCCACACAAACAGUGUAGCGUACUGCUGUAAUGACAAUGUUUUUGUCAUGUUUUAUUUUGUAGUACAUAGUGCAACAGAGAAAUCUGCAUUUUUAAUUAAUUUUAACAGUGUCACAGUCUUGGUAAAGAGUUUGAAGUUCUGACCUCAUUUUCUCUUGUACAUUAGCACAUCAAGACAAAGUCACAUUUUUUUAAAAGUCUUGAAUGUAAUGUUUUUUAAUGCUUUUUGCUGCAGUGAGAUUUGAGGCCUGGUCACGGUGCAGCUUUGGUUGUUGCUGCUCUGUUGGCUCUAGUUUAGUAGUGACAGUAGUAACAUUUGCGUACAGGUGGGCUCAAGCGAGGUGUCAUGAACGCUUGUUAAAAAUCAGCUUUGACUGUGUCACCGUCUGAGUUGCUCUCUGAUCUUUAAUAUUUUAAAGAUCAGUUCUGUUUGUUUUUUUUUUUACCAGUUUGGGCCUUCAUGUAAAACAGCGAUACAGCGAAUUGCCUGCUGAAACGAAAGAGAACUUUUUUGCAAACUUGGGUUUUCUCUCUUACUGUAAGAUGUUUCACUGUUUUGUAGAUACCUUAAAUAGAUUGAUGUCAAGGCUUUGAUCCUACAGCGUUACUAUUUUCGGCAGUGUUUGUCUUCAUGCGCAUACAGUUCGUCUCAAAUGUGAAAGCUGUCAGGUAAAGUAGUUCUAGUUUUGUUCAGGGAAUAAACUUUGUGUAAAGGAUUACAAAUGGAAGCACACUGACAUUAUUUAUUUAUGCUGUGAAAAAACAGACAUGUUUUUGUAGUCAUAGGUUUUUGUAGUCUUCAUAUCUCUUCCAUUGUUGUGGUGGAUGCUCUAGAUUCACAGUUCAGUAUUUUCAGUGUUACAAUACCAAUAUUGUAAUACAGGGUUGCCAUGGAGUAGUAAUGUUUUUAUGUGAAACUCAUUUUGUCAUAGGAAACAAACACACGAACUGUAAAAUGUACAUGUCUUAAAUAAAGUGUUGGUUUCAUUUUAUUUAA